UACAAAGUUGAGACAACGACCUUUCGAGUUUCGAUGGUACAGCUUCGCCCUCGCGAUUCAUAGACUCCUGAUUUGGUCAUUGCAGUCUCAAACCAUCUGUUCGAUCCCUCACAACGCGGAGUCUCAGAAGCCCAAUCCAAUUCGUGUGAAAAAGUGCUAAUUUUAGCAGAUCAAGAUCGAUUGUUGAUUAGUUUGACUUUGGGUAUGGAAUUCUUUGAUUGUUCACUUGUUUGUGGUCUGGACCUAUUUCUCUAUUUCAAUGUUGAAUCUUCCCAUGGUGUUCUUUAAUUUGGUGAGGAUUUACGAAGUACAGUGGUGAGGUGGUUGAAAAAUUGAAAGAGCACAAUGUCUUCGAUCCGAUUGGAUAAUAAGCAGUACUAUGCUACAAGCAGUCUCGUUGUUGGGUAUGCUUUGUGUUCGAGCUUGCUUGCAGUGAUAAACAAGUAUGCCAUUACCAAAUUCAACUUUCCUGGUCUUUUAACUGCUUUACAGUACCUAACUUCAGCUGUAGGAGUUUGGGUUUUGGGCAAAUUAGGGUUUUUGCAGCACGAUCCCUUUGUAUGGGAAACUGCAAAGAAGUUUAUGCCUGCUGCAACUGUCUUCUAUCUUGCAAUAUUUACUAACACAAAUCUCCUCCGCCACGCCAAUGUCGAUACAUUUAUAGUCUUUCGAUCCUUGACGCCUCUUUUGGUUGCUAUAGCGGAUACCGCAUUUAGGAAGCAACCAUGGCCAUCGAAGCUCACUUUUGUAUCCCUCUUGAUCAUUUUGAGUGGUGCUGUUGGGUAUGUUGCUACAGAUUCGGCUUUCACUUUAACUGCGUACUCGUGGGCAGUUGCUUAUCUUGUGACAAUUACUACUGAGAUGGUUUAUAUCAAACAUAUGGUGACAAAUCUAGGAUUGAACACUUGGGGUUUCGUGUUGUAUAACAAUUUGUUAUCCCUGAUGAUGGCCCCAAUAUUUUGGGUUCUCACGGGAGAGUACGAUGAUGUGUUCGCAGCCAUUGGAUCAAAUUCUGGGCGGUGGGUGGAGUCUGAAGCUUUUCUUGCAGUAUCAUUGUCAUGUGUGUUUGGCCUGCUUAUCAGUUUCUUCGGGUUUGCAGCCAGGAGGGCAAUCUCUGCCACAGCAUUUACGGUGACUGGAGUGGUUAAUAAGUUUCUUACAGUAAUGAUCAAUGUGACAAUUUGGGAUAAGCAUGCUAGUCCAUUUGGGUUGGUCUGUCUUCUGUUUACAAUUGCAGGAGGUGUUCUUUACCAACAGUCAGUUACUGGAUCUGGUGGGGCUACAUUGCAGCGCGAGUCUGCUGUGUCUAAGCAGAUGGAAAGAGAGAAUGAGGGUGAUGAUUCUGGAGAUGAGAAUCAAGUAAAGGGCUUGUCUGGUUCCGGUAAAAUUUCUGCUGUAUGAGUAUUUUCAUCUGUUUUUGCCCUUAAUCACUACUUACGUUAUUUUAGCCUUCUGAUGCUAAGUAUUACUGACUUGAGUAUAUUUUCUGCGUGAGAUAUUCACAAAUAUUGCCCUAUUGAGAA